AGAGUAACAAAUGGAUGCGCUCGAGGACUGUUUUGGAAGAAACUUUUUUCAAGUGUUAUAAUCCGCCGCCGGACUGAUUUUGUAGGCGGAAAUUCAACCAGCUUUCACGAGAUUUUUAGGGGCUCUGUAGUCAUGGUUCGAUGGUGUCCGUCAAGUGCAGAAUAACUUUCGUGGCAGUUGAGUUUUUGUGUUUUCAUCUUCAAAUAUGGCCGAGAAGGAUGCAUCGCUUUUGAAGAAACUGAAGACCUUGAAAGAUUCCCAAGAUGAUGUAGAAGGAGUAUCGAAAUGGUGCCUCGAAAAAGCAAUUAACAAAGCUGCGAAAAUCAUUGGUCUUUGGAUCCGAGCUUUCCGAGAAGCGGAGAAACCCGAAGUUCGAGUGGCAUUGAUAUAUUUGUCGAACGACAUCAUCCAGAGAGCUAAACGGAAGAAGAUACGGGAUUAUGUCGAAGGCUGGAGAGACGCUCUUUCUGCUGCCAUGCCUCUUGCAAGAGGUCAAGAGACUUUGGUCAACAAAAUUAAGCGAGUUUUGACGAUUUGGCGAGAACGUCAUGUAUACGAUGAAGCAUUCGUCACAUCCCUGGUUGCUCUCCUUGACUCUCGGAAUGUCGACAAGGAACAGAAAAGUUACGGUUUCCGAAUGACAGAUUUCAGUGAUGCCUGUACGAAAGUUAUUGCUGGUGAAAAGCGCCUUGUUGAGUCCCGGAAAGCAUACGAGGAUGAGAAGCUCAACUCGAAGAACAUCGAGAGUAUCCGAUACUUGUUCAAAGGCAUGAAACCCGGAGACCGUCGAAUUUCGGAUUUUCACAAUGGUAUCGCUGCUUUGCGAUCCCUGGUAGCUGCAGAGCGUGCCCAGGCGGCGGAAAUAGCCGAGCUGAUCCCGAUUGCGGAAGAUAUGCGAAAGUUCUAUGAUAAGGAACGUGCAGACGUGAAAGUCGUCUCCAGUGCCUAUCAUAAUUUCGGGGAUCGUGUCGCAAAUAUGCUUCCCCUUCUGAAAGAAAAAGAAGAGGUUUUGUUGGACGAUAGUCCGGUGCCGUCACCCGAUGAAAAUGCUCCAUCUCCUGUUGGCUCGGAUGACGAUUUCCCGCUUCCACCAAUAGAUGAGCCAUCGUCCGUCAACUCAAAAUUUGCACCCUUGGCAACUUCAUCAUUUUUUGGUUCCUCUAAAGUUGUGGAAACUAACCCACUUAAAAGUCGUCCCGCAGUAUCGUUUUUUGGCUCAUCUCCCGUGAACAUUGAUACAAAUGUGUCAAAAAUUCCCAUGCCUGUGGAGCGGAGAACACAUGACGAUGAAAUGCCUUCUAUGAAUAACAUGGAUGUGACAAAGAUUCCCGUGCCUUCCCCGAAGACUAACAAGGAACCCACUUCUAUUGCGGAACCUGGGAAAAUACUUCCUUCGUCUACAAGUGCGUCAUUUUUCAGUCAAGCAAGAGAUUUGCUACAGCAUUUCUCCCUUGAUACGGACUCAAGAAAACCUCAAGCAUCGGCGAUUCCAGAAGAUUCUGACGAACGAAGCAAAAAACGCUCAAGGAGCGGAAGUCGGCGGUCGCACAGCAAAGAAAAGGAUUCUUCGCGGAAGAAGCAUUCCCAUCGCUCAAAACACCGUAAAAAGCGCUCUCAUUCUCGGAGAGAUUCUAGGUCUCCGAGCCUCGAAGACGAUCCCCGGUAUCCGUCUCCUCCGGAAGUGCCGGAAAAGGAGGAAGUGAUCGAUAACAAAAAGGGUUCCGGUGGAGAAGUUAUUGUGAACGGUGUGACAGUGACAAUCCCGGAUAAUAUUUUCUCGUUACCUCUCAAUCCGCCCCCUGCGUUUUCCAAGGGACUUCUCCCGGGAUUGGCGUCCAUGUCCGAAUCACCGUUUUUAUCCCCCUUUCAGGGUAAUUCAAGCAAUGCCUUCUCAAUACCUGCGUUGUUUACGAUGCCUCAACCUCCUGUUUCAUCAGCGGAUUUUACGAGUUCGUCGGAAGCUUCUUUUACUACGCAGGAGAAUGGAAGUGGGAUAAAAUGGGUACCUGCGCAAGUGUCCGCUGCAAAUCGAAGUUUUUCGCCUUCGACGAGUGAACCGGAUAUUGAAGUUAUCGGGAGUACUGCCAAACGAUUUGGGAUUUCGUGGGACGAACAAACCCCGUGGAAAAAUUUGGAGUCGAUGAAUUGGCAAGACAACACCCGCGAAGAUGACGACGAAAUCUGCGAGAUCGUCGCAGAAAAACGACUAAGCCCGGUGAGCCGCGGACAGAAAAGAAUCCGGGUACCCCUCCUAGCCACACCAGAAACCCCGGGUCAUAAACCAGUGCCCUUUGGCCUCAACAGUCAAUCCUCGAUGCCAGAUUUUUCUGCCGAACAAAAUUCACCCACGUGGCAACGCCAGGACGUGAGGUAUAACAACAGCAGACCAUGGCGAGGAGGUUUUUCUCAACGAUGA